GUCUCCACAGCGCUGUGGACAGACACCCACCAUUUUUACCAAGAAGAAGAAGAAGAAGAAGAAGGCAGGAAACGUUCCCCACCGGUGCUAUUACGCUGUUGCACACAUUUGGAAAGCGCUGCGCCAGGAAUGCUCUAGAAAUCUCACAGUAUUACAGGGUCUUUAUUGAUUUUUUUUGUCCUUUGUGGUCUGGUGAAGUCAACUGUGAUGGCCAAGCUCCAGGGCUUUGAGUUCUGGAGGAAGACCCUGAAAGAAGCGCGCUUUGUGGUGGCGCCCAUGGUGGACCAGAGCGAGCUGGCCUGGCGCCUGCUGAGCCGGCGGCACGGCGCUCAGCUCUGCUACACCCCCAUGCUGCAUGCUCAGGUGUUUGUUCGCGACGCCAACUACCGGAGAGAAAACCUCUACAAUGAGCUGUGUGAAGAGGACAGACCUCUCAUCACACAGUUUUGUGCCAAUGAUCCAGAGGUGUUCCUUCAGGCGGCUCUACUGGCCCAGGACUACUGUGAUGCCAUCGACCUUAACCUGGGCUGUCCACAGAUGAUCGCUAAGAGAGGGCACUAUGGCGUUUUCUUACAAGACGAGUGGGAGCUGUUAGAGAAAAUGGUCAGGUUAGCCAAUGAAAAGCUCUCGGUGCCCAUCACAUGCAAGAUCCGCGUGUUCAAGGAGAUAGAAAAGACGGUCCGCUAUGCCCAGAUGCUGGAGAAAGCCGGAUGUCAGCUGCUGACAGUGCAUGGCAGAACCAAAGACCAGAAAGGAGCCAUGACUGGUAUCGCUAACUGGGAGCACAUCAGGGCAGUACGGAAGGCAGUAAAUAUUCCAGUGUUUGCAAAUGGCAACAUUCACCACCUGAGUGAUGUGGAGCGCUGCAUUCAGGAGACCGGAGUGCAGGGAGUUAUGAGUGCAGAGGGGAACCUCCACAACCCGGCACUGUUUGAAGGCUGCAGCCCCCCAGUGUGGGAGAUGGCGGAGGAAUAUCUGGAGGUGGUGCAGCGGCAUCCCCCCUGCACUCUGUCCUAUGUACGAGCCCACCUCUUCAAGCUCUGGCACCACACGCUACAGAUCCACCAGGACCUGAGAGAAGAGCUGGCUAAGGUGAAGAACCUCGAGGGUUUGACCGGUGUCAGCAAACAGCUGAGGCUGCGCUGCCAGGAGGAGAUAGCCAAAGGAAAGGAUGUGGAGGAGAAGGAGGGCGGCCUGCCCUUCCCCCACUGGAUCUGCCAGCCAUACGUCAGACCAGAGCCAAAGGAGCCAGUUGCCAACGGUAACGGCCAUGGUUCAGAGGUGAAGAAGACAGUGUGUCAGAAGAGGGCACUGGAGGACUCGGAUGGAACAGCUGACACGCUCUCCAAAAACAAGCAGAAGAAGAGAUCCCGAAACCCACACAAGAACUUCUGUCCCGAGCAGAAACCCAAGUACAUCAAAUGUGAGCAGUGUGGGAACCCAAAGGGAAAUAAAUGUGUCUUCAACCUGUGUCGAGGCUGCUGUAAGAAGAAGGCCUACAAGGAGGUGGCAGACUGUCCAAGCCACGGGCUGAGGUUCAAGACCAAGGCGGAGAAACAGAAAGCCGAGGAGGACGAGAGGAGGCAGGAUGGAAGGAAGGCGGACGAAACAAAGGAGGAUGAGAGGAAGGAGGGCUUGGCGACAGAGACGGAGAGAAGCAGCAGCAGCUCUCCUCCGCCUCCCCCAGAUCCAAAUACAGAGCUGCAGGUGCAGUGCAAGACUCCACUACCUCUAUGAGCAGGACUAAGGCUGUCUCUACAUGCACAAAGCAUCCUCUGUUAAUACAGACCUCAGCUGUCACCAUGUCGGAAUCAGGUACUCUUUCUGAUGACGUGACAAAUUGAAACCCUCGGAACGUUUUGAUCAAAGUAGGUUCACGCAACAUUCCAGCCACGUUGGCCUUCACCAAGUUGUCCGACCUGCUAGAACGGUUCAGUCCAGGUGUUGGUCACGGCUGCUGUGUGGACCUGCUUUGAUCCAUUUCGCACAAACAGUUGUGGUGUUUUGAGCUGUAGAGAGAUGCAGCUUGAGGGUAAUUGAAACUAACAAGUGCAUGUAGAGGUAGCCAAUGAUCCAUCAGGACAAACUGUAUCUAUACUGUACACAGCUGCUAAGAAACCUCAACAAGGAAGAUAUUCUGUCUGUUUCAGACUCAAGUAUGGAUGGACACUGAUGAGCAGACCAAAACCUUUAAAGUAACAAAAACUAAUUUUUUCUAUUUUUUUUUCUUUUUUUGGGUGGGUCAGUUGGGAAUAGUUUCUCAACUAAUUAUUUCGUCUUUUUUAAGACAAAGAUUUUAUGGGGAGAAGUUUGAGCAUUCUUUUAGCCAAAGUUGUUACUGGGCAACCAAAGUUCAAAGAUUCAGUAAAAUACUUUGUCCUUAGAGGUUUCAUUUGAUUUGAUUUAAGGUCAUGCGUGUGUGUGUGUGUGUGUGUUUGCGUGUUCUACUCAUUAGUUAAGCUAUUUAUUUUGGGUAAUGGUUUGCCUGUAGUGCAUUGACUUACAUGUGCCUUUUGAUGAGAAGUACCACUGCCUAUCCAGAUAUGAACCUGGAAGAGGGAGAGCAAGCUCAAAGUGGUGCUGUUGUCGAAGACGUAGAUCUUCAAUAGGGGGUCCUCAGAGUUGCUGUAAGGGGGCCACCAAAUAAUUCUUUAGUGGUUUAAAAAGGAUAUAAUGAAAAUAUACAUCAACAUGAAUCCUACAUAUUAGUAAAGAUACAACUUUUUUUAAAAUCUACACAACAUUGAUGAUAGGCCUCCUGGUCUAUAGCUAUGGUAGCCAUCCACAGAUACAGUUAAGCAGAAGGAUCUACUGUGCCACAUUUUAACAUUAAAACAUGAUGUAGAAAUAUAUGAAUUUGCAAAAAAAAAUUAUUUAAGAGCUUAGUAUUGCAUGCACUAUUAAAAAGGUAUAUGUAAAGGCUUUAGGUUGCCCUCAACAUUGUUGUAGGCCCAGUUUAAUAUGCAACUCAAUUUUAUACAAUAUGCUGUAUGUAGUAGGUGCUCUGUUUAUUUUCAGCUAAGGGGUCCUUGGCUUAAAAAACGUUUAAUACUCCUGGUCUAAGACAUGCUUAGUGACUACACAAUCUACAGUAAUAAUCUCUACGAUUUUUUUUUUUAUUCAAAUAAAUGUCUGUCAUGGCCAGUGGGGUAACACCAUGGUGAUUGAGCCUAUGGUCCACUGCAAAGCCCCGUUUGCAGUAUUACAACAAAAGUGACAUUAAGAGGAGAAACAAAAGUGGCACACAGUUAUUGACGCGUUUUCCAUUACCCAGCAGUGGUUGGUCUUGUACAUACAAGUCCUCCAUACUAUACAACGAUAUGGAUUGUUUGGUUUUACCCUUUAAAAGUGCCCAUAUUAUGAAAAAAAUCACUUUUUUCUGGGAUUUGGGGUGUUAUUUUGUGUCUCUGGUGCUUCCACACACAUACAAACUUGGAAAAAAAACCAUCCAUGCUGUUUUGAGUGAGAUACAGGUUUCUGAAUGUGUCCUGCCUUCAGUCUCCGGGUGAGCUGUUCAGUAUUUCUCUGUGACAUUAAAUGAUAUUAAAUCAUGACGAAAAGUCCAAAUUGCUAAGAAAA